GAACACACAAAACACCCUUCGCUCUCUGCCUGAUUCAAGCUGCCCUCAUCGGUAUGAGAACCAUCGCAUUGCUCCCUCGCUGGCAUUCAAAGCUUGCAAGUGACCAUCUUUCGGAGCCUGUCUUACACAACAGGGUCACCCACACAUAAUCCCCAUCCCUUGACCAAUAGCCUCAUCGAGGGAGGGAGGAAGAAGCCCAACAGUGCUCAGUCACAAGAUGGCCAGCGAGGGUGUGUCAGAGAUGAAGAUGGCCAUUGAUAAAAUCGUCAGCAUCUUAUUGGUCCAUACGGUCACCGAGGGCAAGAAGGAGACACUGACGGCCGGCCAGUUCAAGGUGCUUGUGAACAAGCAGCUCCCUAACUUCAUGAAGGAUGCUGGUGAUCUCGAUGAGAAGAUGAGAAGCUUGGGGACCGACAGUGACGGGGAGCUGGAAUUUACGUCGUACUGGAAACUGAUGACGGAGAUAUCCAAGAAGCUCAAGGAGGGGAAAAUGGGGAAUAUAAAGUGAAUUUUGGGGUAUACGUGCAUGUUUCUGGGUGUGGGUGAGAGAGAGGUGAGUGGGUGGGACCAGGAAAUAUUGAUCCUAGGACUUGCAGGAGGAUGAAAAUACAUAUCAAUCAAUCUCUUGGCCAGUUGCAACAAUUCGAAUAAAAGCCUUUGCUCUGAGAA